UGAAUUAUCAUCACUGUGGAGAAUUUAUAUUUUUUUCGAGGGCUGGGAUGAAAGAAGCAAGCAUAGCUUUAUUAAUUGUAUUUUCAUUAAUAAUGUGAAUAUUUCAAAACAAGUUGGUGCAAAAGUAUUAGAUUGAAAUAUUGCAAAUAUUGUGUAAAUAGCUCUACAAAUAAUUUAAUAAAAUGUAAAAUAUUUUAGUGUUAUAAAAAUAAAACAUUACUAGUGCUUCGUACAAAGAAAAGAAAGCAAAAAAACAAAGUUGAAGAGUCAAAAGGAAACAAAACAAAAAAUAAAGAGAAAUUAGCAAAAAAUUACGUCGUGUGGUGCCUCUUUUAUAAUUUUUACCCUUUUCUUUUAAUUUUUGUCAUCAUUUAUUUUAUAUUUGAAAUAAAAUAAUAAAUAUUUGUGGCAAUAAAUAAAAACAUAAUAGUACGAGUAGAUAAAUAUAAUUGUGUAUGCGACUAGCAUAUUGAAAUAAUAUAAAAGGGCCAAUCAAACAAGACUCAAGUAAAAAAUACGUGUUAUUUGUUGUUUUACUUGAGAUUUGAAUUCCCUUGCUUUUUGUACCCGACCGACCAACAAACAUAAAAUAAAAAAAGAAAAAAACGAACGAAUAACUAUUGUUGGUUGCUGAACAAACUAUUUUAGUCAUCAUGGAUAUUGUAGAUGUCGAUGAGGCACUUAAAGAUGAUUCCUUUAUAUUUCUUGAAGACAAAACACACGACGAUAUAUCGAAUAUAUUGCAACAAUGGAAAAGUAAUAAUGGUAUACCGCCUUCGAAUAACACCUCCCAUCAGCCACAGCAACAAGAACAAGCUUAUAAAUAUGAUUCCAGAACAUUCACGCGACCCAAACGGAAAUCUGCUCAAAAUCUUGAACUACAAUUCACAAAUUCUACGAAUGCUCCGCAAUAUCAGCCAAAUAAUCAACACCAGCAAAAUAUGAUUAAUACACAACCUGAUAAUCCAAUGCUUAAUCUUGAAAUUGGUGGUUUGGUCACAAAUAUGCAUAAAUCAUUCUUACAAGACACAUCACCGCCACCAUUUGCUUCCAUGGACGCAUCAAUGGAUCGUAUGAACAAUUCCCUAAUAACUUCCGCAGAUUUUUCGAAUAUAAAUUUUUUACAAUCUACCAACUGCAUGGAUUUUGGUGGUCCAGAUGCGGUUGGAUUUACUAAUUUUAAUCUAACUGGUAAAGUAACAAGUGAAGGUUAUAGCCUAAGUGACAUGAUUAGAGAUCGAAAGGCUCUUGAAUCACUGACUAUGUCGAGUGAUGGAACUUUAAUAAAAGACUCACAUAUUGGGCAAAUCGAUGACAUUUCACUGACGCUUAGUAAAACGGCUUCGGGUUGUAGUACAAUGGACAACUCAACAGAAAGCGUCGAGGCUAUUAAUCGCACAGUAGAAAUCAUUAACAGCAACAUGGAUCGAACAUUCAAUGGUGGCGUGCAAUUAGAAUUGGCCACAUGCCAUGGAUCAAAAACGAUAGGGAAUAAUAGCAGUGGUAGCCAAAUUCCGAGUGCUCUUCAGCGAACCAUGGUUCUGUCAGACGAAAUGAUUGGUGAUAUCACCUAUAAUUUGGUUGAGAACAGUAUGUACGCUAGCAUACCUUCGGAACAAGCUAGUGUGACUCAAAACUUUGGAGAAACACACAAUUCGGAACAAUCUCUUAGUGUGACUCAAAACUUUGGAGAAAUACAAAAUUCAUCAAAUGAGAAUACAUCCAAGCCUGCUUCAGUUUUAGAUGAAACCAUAUGCUUAUCAACAGGUGGUGGAGGUGGUGAUAGUGGCACAGCAAACAUUAAAGCCGGAAACUCAACAUUCGACUGUCAGAAUAUUACUCCAGAUACGCGCUGUGAAACACCUGAGGGUGUAGAAAAGAACACUGCAGCAAUGAAGUAUUACGAGUCUACUCCCCAUGCAUCAAGUGUACGUUACAAUAAACAUCAUUAUACACCAACGCUGAAAAUGGUUUGUGAUGUUAAUAUAUCGCCAAUUGUAGGAACACCAACCAAUGCUCCACAUAAUGCCACAAGAGUUCUCAAUGAUACUUUUGAAAAUGAUCAACAUAGAUUAAACAAGACUAACAACAUCAUCAAUACGAACACAUUUUCAGGUAAAUUACCUUUAAUGACCACUGUUGAAAUGAUCGAAAACAUUGAAAAUCCUACAUUCGAUAAGACUUUCAAACGUUUGGAACAGCCGAGCCCAGCUUCGCUUGAAAUGAAGAACGUAAUGGAUUUAGCCCAAGCAGAAGCUAAUCUACUGGCAUCGAAUAACAACGAAGAAGAGUUUGAUCACAUGUUAGAUGAAUUUAGUAGAGUGGAGCUGAACGCUGAGCAACUGAAAAUGAAAAAGUCAUUGGACUCAAUUAAGAGGCGUUUUAAUUAUGGCCCAAAUAGAGAAAAAUCGCAGCACAGAGAAAUAUCGCGUGAAGCUAAAGAUAUGCGUGAUAUGAUGAGAGUAUCUGCCGACAUAUUGGGGGAAGAAGAUCACUCUUCGAAAGAUUACCUUAAUAUGACCAUGGAUAUUGCAACACAAGACAAAGAUGAAUUUAAGAAGUCAAAAGAGCAUUUAGUGGAAUCCCCGCAUGCUUUAAGUGAAACGUCUUCUGAUGUGGUGAGGAGUCCCCUUAAAGAUUCUGUUACGACGAGUAGUAUUUCGGAUUCCAAAAUUUCAAAUGGUCUUAGUCUGUCUUCAGUAAGCAAUGCAAGUACUGGUGGUGAGCGCCUCUUGAGUCGGCGAAGUCGUUUGUAUGAUGACUUUAAUAUGUCCACAUUAUCAUCAAGCUCAAUGCAUGGUACUAAAGUAUCAUUGGGAUCAUCGUUUACCGUACACAAGGAAGGCGAUGUUAUAGGUGACAUUCGGCCGAAUAUAACAAAUGAGACUGAACACUUAAGUGGCCAAAAUCCACUGGAAAUGGUGCAAGAAAAGACUGAGUCAACGGCAGAAGAACUAUCUAAUGUGUCUAACCAAAUAUCUGAUAACGUUAAAGAAUCGUUAUCAACUGGCCAAUAUAGACUAGCAGAGAAACGAGAACGGGAUCGUGAUCGAUUUAAAACUAUUAAAAUAAAUAAAAAUCGCAAUGGCGACUCGGGCUGUGGGGAUGGUCUUUCGGGAUCGGAAUUAAAUGUGCCUUGUAUUGAUGACUAUGCUAUUGAAGUAAACGUUGAAAGUGCAGAAGAUUCCGAACAGUCGAAUCAAAGGUUUUCCAGACGUGAUCAGACAGCUUCCCCUGUUUUCAAUAAUAAUAAAUCAGAAGUGGAGAUGAAUAAUACGAAUAAAACAACAUCGAAAAUAAAUCCUAACUUCUUAACUUACAAGAAACCAAAAGAUAAACAACAACCUAAUAUUCGAAACUUGCCAGAGGUUGCACCCGCUCCUACUACCGCAUGCGUAGCACCGGAUGUAGCAUCCUCUAAGCCACGUUCGUUAUCUCGACCACGUUAUCUAAGCGGACUGACAAAGUUUUCCGCAGUUAGCAAAGCGACAUCGGCUGACGAACUGGAGAAAUCUAUUCCACGACAAACAAAUCUAAAUGCAACAACAUCUGCAUUGAAUGUUGGUCUCUCAAAGGGAUCAAGUGCGGCCAAUGUCUCAUUGAAUCGCACUCAAAUUGGUGGACCUACUGAAAAACAAUCUGGUGAACUUAAAAGCCCCAUGGGUAUCAAAUCAAAAUCGUUUCAUAACUUAUCAAGUCAUCACACAUAUGCCUCAGCUUCAAACAACACCACCGGGGGAGGCUUAACAACAACUAAAAGUUUUGGUCUUAAGAAACCAAGUGCUACUGGAAUUUCAACCGAAAAAUUGGCUAAAACAAAUCCAAAUCGAAAUUCAUGUUUGUUAAAUCCCAGCAGCAAUCAAACGCCAAUCAUGCAACAGAAAUCUGACGAAUCAGUAUUUAAAGUUCCGAAACUUGUAUCUGGCAUACGAGUUCCUGGAGCAGCAAUACAAGGUGGGCUAGCAGCAAAACGUGCUGGUUUGGUAAGGCCGUCUUCGGGUUACUAUAGUCUCACUGUUACAGCCAAAGGAGUCCAACCGGCAACAUCAGAUGCAGAUUGUGAUGCGGGUAGACACUCUCCUACAGAUAGUAUGUCGUCAGCAUCGUCAAGAGGUAGCGCUCAAAGUCUUAACAAAACUACGGUUGUUAAAUCAUCUGGAACCUCUAACAGUAGCAAUACGACGAAAACAAAUGCUACAGCGGCUCUUACAAAAAUCACAAUCGGUUCUACAGGUAUUCCAAAACCGUCUGGCCUUAGGCCGCCUUCAAAUAUAAAACGUAGUGGACUUCCAAGACCUUCGAGUUUUAUAAAAACUGAUAAAUAAAAUAAAUUAUUAUUUUAACAUUUCUUUUCCUAUAAGAAACUACAUUACGUUGCUCUCUUUUUAUCUCAUACACUUAUUUACGUUCUCAAAUAUGUUAGUAUGUCUAUAAAAACCAAACCCACUCCCCCUCCCCACAUUAUAACUUUAAGUAUGUACUAAACAAGUGUACUAAGUGAAAAACUCAGUUUUUGUCCAUUUACAUUAUUACUAAUUUCGUAAUUAUUAUAACGCAAAACUGAUACUCAAUCGGUCAAUCAAUUAUUAAUCCUACUAACUUUGGCUAAUUAUUAAUUUCGACUGUAUUUUUUGUAUGUCGCAUUUAUUAAAGAACAAAAAGAAAAAAAACCGUUACUUUUACAAUAUAAAAAUUAUAAAUUUGGUGUAUUGUAGAUUAUAUUCUGCUCAAAUACAGAAUUUAUAAAAUAUUUUUGAAAUUGUUAUAGAUAUGAAAAUUUAAAAUUAAAGAAAAGUUUGUUAAAGUUCCUGCCUUUAAACAAAAAAAUCAGGAAUAUUACAAAGAUAAUGUCCUUAAACACAAUUAGUGCUGCUCAGUUAAACGAAAGAAAACUAAGAAAAUGUAUUAAAUAUUGAAAUUAGUAUUUAUUUUUGAAAGACAAUUAAUUGAAUUGAAUAAAUAACAAAAUAAUCUCCCAUCGUUUAUAUAUACAAACAUAAUAUUAUUUUCCAAUUACUCCAAUAUACAAAUAUAUCUUGAGUGCCAAUUAUGAUUUCCUUGCUUAUUCACGCGAAAUUCAAAAAAUAUUACUUGUCCAAUGAACUUGAGGAGAACGAUAUAAAUAAAAUCAUAAAAAAGAAAAGAAAAACGUCGAUCUAACCUCAAGAGAAAUCCUAGAACAUUUCUUUAGUUAAGGAAAUAGUUUUUCCCUUUUACAUGCAUAUCUAUUAUUUUUGUUUGUAAGUUUUUAAAACAUAUAAAUAUUCAACUAUGUUAACUGAAUAAUUAUUAAUAUACAUACAUUGUAUUUUAUUUUAUAUUGCUAAAAUGUCAUAUUUAAUCCAUACACAAAUUGCCUUCUUAAAUACGAAUGAUAUACAUAUUAAAGAGCUUGUUAUAAAUUUGCUUUAAACACCCGUUUAUUAUUAUUUAUUUUUUCUUUUCAUCUUGUUGCUUAGAUUAUCUACAUACAUUACAAUACAUAUUAUUAAUUGGCAAAUUAUUGGCUUGUUAUUUAAAUCUCAUAGUCGUUAGUUAAUACAUCAUAAUAAACCUAAUCUCCAGAUGAUCAUUAAUACAUACAUAUUUAACCCAAUCAAAUCAAUUCAGUUUAGUUUUUUUUUAUUCUUAUGUAUUAUUUUUAAGUCUUUAUACUAAAUAAUAUUUUAUGCAUUGAUGCUGAAAAGCAUAUACAAUAAAAAAAACAUUAAAUAAAAUUGUAUAAAAAUACAAUUAUUUUUAUUUCGGA